UCUGCCUUCAUCUCAAGUAAAUAGACAAGUCUUUCCCUUCUAUUUCUCUUCGUUCUCGAAACACUUGUUCUUGAUUCGAGAUUUAAGCCCUAAUAUCGAGGUUUCAGGAGCAAGGCGAAGAUGUCUGGGCGAGGGAAGGGGGGGAAGGGACUGGGGAAGGGUGGAGCGAAGCGUCAUCGCAAGGUGCUGCGUGAUAACAUUCAGGGCUUCACCAAACCGGCUAUACGGCGCCUGGCAAGGCGAGGCGGCGUCAAGCGCAUCAGUGGCCUUAUCUACGAGGAGACCCGAGGCGUGCUCAAGAUCUUCCUCGAGAACGUCAUCCGUGAUGCCGUCACCUACACCGAGCACGCCCGCCGCAAGACUGUCACUGCCAUGGACGUCGUCUAUGCGCUGAAGAGGCAGGGCCGCACUCUCUAUGGCUUUGGUGGUUAGGGUUCAGGCUUUCUUAGGCCGCUGUUACGAAGAGAAAAAGGGCAACAAAAGAAGGAUUAAUAUUAAAAAGAGAAUCAUGCGGCUUAUAGUUCGUUGUUGCUACAAAUUCUGAGAUGUUGCUCUUGUCAUUUAGCAGUUUUGUUUAGUGAAGCUUUUUGUCACGCAUAUUAAGGUAUUUAUAUUCGAUCAUGUGUGAUUUAGGCCAA